AUGGCAACCGGAGCGGAAGAAAAAACUGUCGGCCUCAGCCGGGCCGACAGCACCAACAGUAACAAGCUCGGUCAGGUCAUGUCCGGGACUGGGGCAGCCGUCGCUCAGCAGUACGGUGAGACGCAGCGUGGUCUCAGCCCUAGGCAUGUCCAGCUUAUGGCCAUUGGAGGUUCCAUCGGUACCGGUCUCUGGGUUGGUAUUGGUGGUGUCCUCUCCAAAGCCGGCCCUCUCUCGCUCGUCCUCGGCUACACCUUCUGGGGUCUCCUUUUUAUCUGGCCGCUCAACCUGUCCGUUGCCGAAAUGUGCGCCUACCUGCCGAUCCGCGGCACCAUCUUCGAACUCGCCUCCCGCUUUGUUGACCCCGCCCUCGGCUUCGCCAUGGGAUGGACCUAUUUCUUCGCCGGUCUCAUGCUUGUCUGUACAGAAUACAGCGCCGUAUCUACCGUGAUACAGUACUGGAACGCUGAUAUCAACCCUGCCGCCUGGAUUGCUAUUGCCAUGGUCUCAUGUGUUGCCGUGAACUUGAUCGCUGUCAAGUACUAUGGAGAAUCGGAGUUCAUCAUGGCCUCAACAAAGGUUGUUUUACUCGUCGCUUUGUGUCUCAUCACUUUGAUCACAAUGUCUGGUGGAAACCCUUUGAACGAUGCGUACGGCUUCCGGAACUGGGGUAAUGGUAACCAUAUCCACGCCUACUUCACGGAUGGCUCGACUGGGCGGUUCUUGGGAUUCUGGAAGGUCGUCAUUUACGCCGCUUUCACCAUUGCUGGCCCUGACAUGAUCGCUCUUGCCGCUGGUGAGAUCCAGAACCCCCGCCGCACCAUUCCCCGUGUUGCCAAGCUCAUCUUCUACCGUCUUGUCGGCUUCUAUGUUGUCGGCGUUCUGUGCGUCGGUAUCAUCUGCAGCUCACGUGACCCGGGCCUCCUGGGCGCCAUUGAGAAUGGCGAGCCCGGUGCUGGUGCUUCCCCUUGGGUUGUUGGCAUCAAGAACCUUCACAUCAAGGCUCUUCCCGACAUCAUCAACGCCUUCAUCUUACUUUCUGGAUGGUCCUGCGGUAACGCCUACCUCUACUCCACCUCCCGCACUCUCUACGGUCUUGCUCGCGACGGCCAGGCUCCAAGGUUUCUGCUCAAGUGCACGUCGGCUGGUGUUCCCAUCUACUGUGUGCUGGUUGUCACCGCCAUCUCUUGCAUCACCUUCCUUGUCUCUUCCAACUCCGCCGUCGAGGUCUUCUUCUGGUUCGUCGACUUGACCACAACCGCCCUGAUCAUGACCUACACAUUCAUGCUCAUCACCUACAUGGGCUUCUACCGCGCUCGCGUCGCGCAAAACUUCCCUCCCGAGACGCUCCCCUACCUUGCACCAUGGACCCCGUACUUUCCCGGCCUGGCGUUGCUCCUUGGCAUUCUGGCCCUCAUCUUUGUCGGCUUCGAUAACUUCUACCCCUUCAGCGUGCGAGGAUUCAUCACUUCCUAUUUCGGUGUCUUCUUCGGCAUCUUCACAUUUGUGGCCUGGAAGGUAUUGAAGAGAACCAAGUUCGUUCAACCCAAGGAGGCCGACCUUAUUAGCGGAAAGGCCGAGGUUGAUGCCGAAUGUCGCCACUGGGAGGAGGGCGGUAUUGAGGAGGUGGAGAGAGAAAGACUGGCUCAGAUGUCUAUCCUCCGAAGAACCUGGGAAAAGAUGUGGUAG